AUGAGAGCGGUUACAAUUUCCUUGUUUGGAUUUCUUCUUGUCAUCGCAGCCACCAUUAUUAGCUUUUGUGAUGGGAAUUCCAAUGUGCUUUGCAUUGAGAGUGAGAGGCAAGCUCUUUCGAAGUUCAAGCAACACCUAAUUGAUCGAUCAAACAGGCUAUCUUCUUGGGUUGAAGGUGAGGAUUGCUGUGAAUGGGUUGGUGUUUUCUGCAAUAAUUUCACUGGCCAUGUCAAAGAGCUGCAUUUGGGGCUUCAUUCAAGUAGUCCUGACAUAGAACUGGAUGAUGAACGGGAUGUUUACUUUCAGUCACCUGAACGGAAUGCUUACUUUCGGUCAAAGCUAGGAGGCAAAAUAAAUCUUUCUUUGAUCGAGUUGAAACAUCUCAGUUUCCUAGACUUAAGCAACAACGACUUUGGAGGCCUGGCAAUUCCUGAAUUCAUUGGUUCGAUGAAGAGUUUGACAUAUCUUAACCUCUCUUCGGUAAAAUUCAGCAGAGCAAUUCCCCAUAAUCUUGGAAAUCUCUCAAAAUUACAUUAUCUUGAUCUUGGACACAAUUCCUUUUUUGAAGCUAAAACUCUUCAGUGGGUUUCUGGUCUUUCAUCUCUGCAGUAUCUUGAUUUGAGUGAUGCAAAUCUUACUAAAGCAACUGAUUGGCUGCAGGCAACACACAAACUUCCUUCUUUGGUGGAGUUGCACUUUCUUCGUAGUAUUGUGUCCAUUGAUCUUAGCUCUAAUGGAGUUGAAGGUGUGAUUCUCAAUGGUUUUCAAAACAUAUCUUCUCUCAAAUUUCUUGAUCUUAGUUGGAAUUCAUUCUCUUCAUCAUCGACACUCAUCUGGUUGUCUAAUUUGAACCGACUUCAAUUCCUUGGUCUUCGUGGUGUCAGCCUGCAAGGUAAUUUUUCAAUUGCCAUUAGAAACUUGAGCUCUCUUACUCAUCUUGAUCUUUCAGAUAACCAGCUUGAAAUUAUAGAACCCAAAUGUUUGGAAAGUCUUUGCAAUCUGAGGGAGAUGGAUUUGUCAAAUAAUGGAAUUGAUCAAGAAGUAUCAGAAAUCAUAGAGAGUUUGCCUAGAUGUAGUUUGGAUCGAUUAGAAUCAUUAAAUGUUGCAUCUAACCAACUUUCUGGCUGUUUACCUGAUCAACUUGGCCAAUUUAUAAAUUUGGCAUACCUUUCCCUUUCUGGAAACUCUAUUUCUGGUCCCAUUCCAUUCUCAAUCGCGAAUUUGUCAUCAUUGAAACUUCUUGAUGUUGCAUACAAUCGAUUGAAUGCAACUCUCCCUCAAAGUUUAGGACAACUUGGGAAUUUGGAACAUUUGGACGUUAGCAAUACUAUGUUGGAAGGAAAUAUAUCAGAAAUGCACUUUUCUAAUCUCAAGAGAUUGAGAUUAUUUUGGGCAUCUAACAACAUGUUAACGUUUAAACCAAAUCCAAGUUGGAUUCCUCCUUUUCAUUGUGAAAGUAUUAAACUGCGUAGCUGGCAUAUUGGUCCGCAAUUUCCUCAGUGGCUACAAUUCCAAAAGAAUUUGUCUGUUUUAGAUAUCUCACAUGCUGAAAUUUCAGGUGUCAUUCCCAUUUGGUUUUGGAACCUUUCGACUCAAUUUGAUCAUAUAAACCUUUCCUAUAACCAUCUGAUUGGGGAGAUUUCAUAUUUACCGAAGAGUAGGACGGUUGACUUGAUGUCCAACCUAUUCACUGGUCCAUUGCCACGAGCAAAUUCACAUUUGGAGUUUUUAUUUUUGUCUAAGAAUCUAUUUUCAGGAUCCCUUUCUAAUUUUCUUUGCAAUUCCUCAACUAAACUGGACGCUCUGGACCUUCUAGACAUUGAAUCAAAUCUUCUGUCAGGUGAAAUUCCUGAUUGUUGGGAAAAUCAGCCAAUGUUGGGAGUCUUAAAUUUAGGAAACAACAAUCUAACUGGCAAAAUUUCUAGAUCCUUGGGAUCUUUGCGGAAUAUUAUGUCAUUAAAACUUCGUACCAAUAACCUGUUUGGAGAAGUACCAUCCACAUUGCAACAUUUAGCUUAUAUGGUUAUUCUUGAUCUUAGUGAAAAUCAAUUGACGGGAAGUAUUCCAGCAUGGAAUGGAGACAAGCUUUUAAACCUUGUGGUUCUAAACCUUCGUUCAAAUAAAUUCCAAGCCCAUAUUCCUGAUCAAAUUUGUUCUCUUAAUUCUCUUCAUUUCUUGGAUCUUGGUUAUAACAACAUUUCAGGAGCCAUUCCAAAAUGUUUUAGUAACCUAAAACCCUUGGACCAAUUUUAUGUACUUUAA